CUAUCCAGGAUAAAGGGUGGAAAGGCUAUUCGUCUAAACAUAAUUGGUGAAAAGCUGUUGUGGUUUCAAAGCAAUCUAGACCCUAACAAGAUUGAGUACAGUAAGCAAGAAGCCUGCGAGAUAAUAGAAAAGUAUUUGCACAGGUUCGAUUCUGAGCUAGAACAAAUUGAAUUGACAAAUAGUAUCAAAGACAGACAAGGAAGACAGCAUGAAGCUCGGGAAGCCAUUCUCAAACACAGCAUUGAACGUGAGAGAAUUUUGUAUGAAGAAAAUGGAAUAGAAAUACCAGAUAUUAUCAAUACAAAGCAUUUGAAAGUCUUCAGAGAGUGGGAUGGAAAUUUAAAAAAGCUUCCAAAUGUGAAGAUGAAGAAACUCUCAAUAAAAGAUUCGGUUGCUAACCAGAAAAGAAGCAAAGAUGAAAGAGGAGUAGGUUCGCAAAAUGAGGUGGAUCAAGAGCAUGUGUCAGAACAUUAAGGAAACAGAAAUAAAAUAAGAGAUUGUCAAAUUAUCAUUAGGGAAAAGCCACUUCAUCAGCUGUUGAGCAAUGUGAUCCAUGAGUUAGCUUCUUCAGAUUCCUACCUUGCUGCCUCGUUAUUGCAUAUGAAGUGGUUUCCAUCAGAAUGUCCGACUUAGACUUUAAUUCAUUUUGAAUUAGCAAUUAUCGAGUACAUUUUUUUUAUAUUUACUAAAGAAAAUUGGCCUAGAAAGCAAUGUUUAUUAAAAGCUGCAAGUGCUAUGAAAUGUUUAAAAUGCUGCAUGUUGCUGUUGAUCUUUCACUGCUGUGUUGCUAUUGCUGAGAAUGUUUCUUUCAUUUUUCCCAACAUUGUGAAAAAAUUUAUUUUGCGAGGUUACAGUUUUUAAACUUAAUGGUAAAGCUGUUUUUUUCUCAUCUUCUGCCACAGUUUGGUAAAUGCAGGAAUUGCUUUUUAUUUAAGGAAGAUUUAUCGUUAAUUCGAUGAAAAGGCAAUGGGAUUCUUAGAUUGCUCAAUAGGAAGUAGAGAAAACUAGGGAAAUUAAUCUAUCAUUACCUUAGAUUUUUUGAUUAGCAUUAUUAUGACCAAUUAUUCAAUAUUUAAAUGUUGCUGAUGUGGCAGGGUGAGGAGUGAUUGGGUUGUGGGGAGAAAGAUUAGCCUUAAAUCCAGUACCUAUUUAAAACAAAUCCUAGCACACAUCAAAAUUUUUUGCCCUAAAAAAGGAUUGGGGAGGGGUAAGGAUUUUUAUAUCUAUAAGAAAAUGAAUAUGAAAAUGAAUUUAUAUCAAUUAGAAAUGAAACCAGAAUUCCCUGCAGUAUUAUUUAUGAACUGCCUGAGCAAUAUUCUGUAUUUGAAUUGUUGGCACUGACUUUACAAAAAUAUUUCAGCUGAUUUUUUUGGAUCACACAUCUCUCGAGUAAGCUGAGAGUAAUAAAGUUGAAUUCUCUUUUUUGGUUUUGUUUGAUAAUGUUCCUAUGAAGUGCCUUGAGAUAUUUUAUAUGUUUUUACUGUGCUAUAUAAGUGCAAAUUGUCAAAGGAAAAUAUCCUAUAAAAUUACUUCUUUGGAAGGAUGUGAAAGUGAACUGAUGUUAAUAACGUUCUUGUUUAAUGAAUGUAUUUAAAAUGUACUGUUUCUUCAAGAAUUUCUUAAUGAUUUUUACAGUUUUCUUUAACAAAAAAUGUUCCAUGCUUAGUAAGCUUAUAACUGAAAAGAAUAGAAGAGUUUACAAUCUCCUUGGCCUUCUCAGGUGAAUAACUUUGAUAGUUCUCAUGUAGGAAAUUUUGGCUUCUGUUGCCUGCCUGCUCCUCUUCCUUCUGCUGUACCACCUUGAUGCCCAGGGUUCUGGCCUUCCUGAGUAGUGUGCUACCCUGCAAUGCCACUAGGUCCAAUAUCUGAUGGUUGUAACCCCGUUGCAAAUUGGAGCCUUCCAUUUGGUAGGUUGCUACUCAAUUGUCCUUGAUUAAAUUAGCCCCUUCUUUUCUGUCCGUGAGAUGUGAGAGGGGUAUGGGCCCCAUUGAAAGCCCAUGCACUGAGUGACCACUGUGUCUGUGACUUGAACAACAUUGAGAGCUCCCCUUGGAAAAGACCAUGUUAUUGUCUUUCAGAACUGUGAUAAUGCCUGGAUAGCCAUGUCCCCUAUACUCGCCUCCAUUCAGUGAUCAUUACCAUCCUGUGCACCUCAUUCAAAAUCUUUACCUUUUUUAGUUUUGUUUUUUAAUGGGAUGUGGGCGUUGCUGGCUAGACCAGCACUUAUUGCACAUUCAUAAUUGCCCAAGGGCAGUUUGGAAUCAACCACAUGCAAGAGUCAUAAAUAGACCUGACUGCAAGAGGAUGGCAGAAGUUCUUGCCUAAAAGGUGUUACUGAACUAGAGAGGUUAUUACAAUAAUUGAUAGUGCUUACAUGACCUCAAUGAGGCUAGAUCUCACGUCUUUAUUGAAUUCACAUUUCUCAAUCUGUUAUGGUGGGAUAUGUACUUGCAUCCCCAGAACAUUAGCCUGAGAUUCUGGAUUUCUAGCCCAGUGACAUUGCUAUUAAACCAUUGCCUUGUUAAGAAUG